AUGUCUACCAAACUCCUAAUAAAAAACCUCAGAAUUCCUCCUUUAACCAAAUUUUACGCACUAGAAACUAUUUCCAUUGUUUCUAUCAACUGUGUACCAAAAAUACCUUACUCGAGACUUUUACAACAUAGCAAUCAGCUUCUACUCUCCCCGCUCUUCUCUUCAGCUCCUUCACGGGUCAGCCGGUUCCUCAAGCCAGUACCUUCUGCAGCAAGCUGUCGAUCUAUUGCAUUUACGCCGCUAUUUAAUUCUUUACCACUCCUUAUUGGAGCACAAAAGUGGCCUAGUUUAUUCCUCAUUCCUACUCGCCGUUGUUCUGAUUCUGUUUGGCUUGUAGCUGUGGUCGAUCGACAUGAAAAUGAAGCAUGUCUUCGAAGCGAUGAUAUGAGACUUCGUAGAAGGCUUAGCGAAAUCUGUCUCAUAUCCGAUGGCGAACAAUAA